AUGGGUUGGGAUAAUCUUAGUGACAUUUUCGUUAGUGGCAGUCAUUACAACGAAUACGGAAUACAGCACGCGGCUAUUUUGUUCGGUGCAUGUGGUCUGUUUUGUGUUAUUAUGACUAAAGCUUUGUUGAAAUAUCAGCAAAUACAAAUCGUCUCAAUAACACAAGAACGAAAACAAUAA